UCUAAUACAACGCCGUGCCUUCUACACCGGCAUCCGUUUGUUUUCUGCCACCGCAAUAAUAUUUGAACGCGUGGCAUGGGUUUCUGAAGCUAUUGUCUGUUGCUAGACUAUAGAUUCAAUACCUGGUUUUUAUCCCAUACCCGUUACCGCACUGAUAUUCUGAGCUCGCUUUUGCGGCGCGACCUCUAUUUUGCCCCGACGUAAACAUGGCGCAGAUAUCACGCUAUCUGCCCUUUUCGGCCUCGAUAACGAUCGUCCAAGCUGCAACAUACCUCCUGGGCAUAUCGCUGUUUAGCAUCUCAUUUCUUGUCUUCCUCAACAGCUCCGUGUCUUUCGUAAUCACCGAUCUCAUCGGCCAGAAGAAGGGUGUUGGCAAUGUUGUUGGAACUCUGGGCUUUGCAGAUGAGCUCGUUGCUCUUGUGGCCUGCCCGGCCUGGGGUCUGAUUUCUGACCGACUAGGUGUCAAAUGGGUUGCGGCCAUCGGGUAUCUGAUUAUUGGUGUAUCGCUAUUUGUCUUUGUCCAAGCUACCAAUGUAUACCCGCAGCUACUGCUCGCCCGCAUCUUGUUCGCCGUUGGUGCUUCGGCAGCAGCUACCAUGGUUACUGCUAUUCUCCCAUCGCUGACGGAUGAUACCGACGGUGACGACAACAGCUUCGAAGCCAGACGAAAGGCUAACCGAAACGCAAGGCUUAGUGCCGUCUUCUCGGUGGAAUCAGAAAUCACAAUCACCCCGGAACGCUAUACACGUACCUCCUCAAACGAUGGCGAUACUUCAGCCAGUGUUGACCCCGUGGAGGCACCUCGAAAGCCAUCUGCUCUGGCAGGUUAUGUCGGCAUGUUUACUGGGUGUGGUGCUCUGGUUGCUCUAGUUGUCUUUCUCCCGCUGCCAGCAUCAUUUGGGCGCUUAAAGGGCGUGACACAGGCACAGGCUGUCGCUUACAGCUUUUACGUGGUCGGCGCCAUUGCUCUGUUUGUGUCGGCAUUUGUCUUUGUUGGCCUGCGUAAUCUGAAGGGCGAGGAAGGCAAAGGCUGGGGUCUUUUGCUCGGACGCCGCGGCUCAUACCUUGAAAUCGGUGACGUCGACGAUGAUAUGCGGGUUCCGCAGAAGCGCCGUAUUCCUUAUGUCCAUCUGAUGAAAGACUCUGUUCUUCUAGCCUUUACCGACUCCAGAAUUGGCCUCGGCUAUCUUGGUGGCUUCGUUGCUCGUGCUUCAACAGUGGCCAUAUCCCUCUUUAUCCCGCUAUUCAUCAACACAUACUUUAUCGACAACGGCUUCUGCCAUGGCUCGCCUCAUGACCCAUCACCGGAACUUAAGAAGGAAUGCAGGGCAGCUUAUAUUCUCUCAUCGAUCCUCACAGGUGUAGCCCAACUAUUUGGUCUGCUGUGUGCUCCUCUGUUUGGCUAUCUUUCUGGCCGAAAAGGUCGCGUCAACUAUCCUAUCGUGGUAGCGACUACUUUUGGUAUCCUCGGGUACACGAUCCUUCCUCAGCUUGCCAGCCCAGAAAUCAAAAACGUCGAUGGAAGAGGUGGUAGCCCUGCUAUCUUUGUUCUUGUCAUUCUGAUUGGAAUCAGUCAGAUCGGCUCCAUUGUUUGCAGCCUGGGUUCUCUAGGACAGGGUGUGUUGGCAGUUGACUUGCCCCGUAGCUUCCACCGUGAGGCUUCUCUUGCACCCGAUGAGGACGAGUCUACAGAGGAUGAACCGCUCAUUCGAAUUGCCGCGGACGAGAACAGAGUAUCUCGUGUCCGCCUCAAGGGUUCCAUUGCUGGCGUGUACUCCCUCUGCGGUGGUGCAGCCAUUCUACUGUUGACAAAGCUGGGAGGGUAUCUGUUUGAUAACUUGUCCACUGGCGCGCCCUUUUAUAUGAUGGCCGGAUUUAAUGCCGUCUUGCUCAUUGUCAGUCUCUGGAUGGAUGCUGCCCAUACCUUCGCACGCAUGUGACGGUAGGCUUGGGUUCGCAUCCACCUAAUGGUGUGCAAUGAUAUGUACAUGAGGCUUGCUGACGAUUUCUAUUUAAUUAUUUCCAUUUUUAGCAAGCGUGUCGGUUAGGUUCGUUCUUUUGCUUUUCUGUUUUCAAUGACGUAUAUCCCAGAUUGUAUAGCUGCUAUGAAAUAGUCUAAUGAAAGCCUCUGUCAUUUUACU